AUGCAAUCGGAACGUAGACGAAGAACCAAAGUUCUUAGCGGCAAUCAAAUUUAUAAUUCGAUGGUAAUCGAUACAACAGAUAAAGCAACAAGAAGAGUAAUAGCUCCCUACGUGAAAAUCAUUCGGAAAACGGAAAAGACGCCGGAAAAAGAACAAGAACACGAAAAAUUCAAUUUCUACAUUCAAAAUAAACCGAGCGUAUUACUACACGACUUAACCUCGUUUUUAUCCGACAGCGUAGAUUUGGUUUUAUUAUUACACGAAACUGCCGAUAUUUUAAAGACCACCACAAGAGCGGCAGGUGUAACUGUGUACAUGGUAGACUCGGCUUCGGAAGAAAUUUACCAAAGCCAGAGGAAUUUCCAAGGGGAAAGACAUAAGGUAAAUUGGAAAAUACAAAAGGGUAGUAUCGUAGCGGCUUUCGUGGCGUAUAAAAGAGAAUAUUUAAUGGUUGAUGAUAUCUUAGGUGAUGAUAGAUUCCCCGCCGGAGUGGGAUAUCAAGGCGACUUCGUGAAAUCGGUUCUUUGCGUCCCUAUAGUGACACCAGAUGGCGACUGCUCCGCCGUAAUCGAAUUAUACAGAGAAAUCACUCAAUUGCCGUUCAAUAAAGACGAUCUGAAAAUUUCUAUCGUAGUUACCGGUUGGGUGGGGGCGGCUAUUCACCAAAAUCAUCUUAGAUUGACGUUACAAAGGCAACAGGAGCUCAACGAUUAUCUGCUGGAUUUAACUAAGUGUUAUUUUGCCGAAACCGUAGCCAUUGAAAAGAUGAUAACUGAAAUUGUGAAAUUUGCAAAAGCUACUUUAGGCGCCGAACGUGGUACGUUUUUCAUCAUAGACGAAGAAACCGAAGAUCUUGUGGCGGAAGUUUUCGAAGAAGGUGUAGAUAUCGGUGAAGUUACCAUGCACAAAAAAAACGUCAAAGUACGUUUAGCCAAAGAUAGGAGUAUAGCGGGAUUAGUUGCUCGUACCGGAGCGACUGUUAACAUCAGAGACGCCUACAACGAUCCGAGAUUCUUUACCGACGUCGAAGAAAAAACCGGGUUCAUAACCAGAUCGAUAUUGUGCAUGCCGAUCGUCAGCGUCGAUAAUAUUUUAGGAGUGGUACAAGUGGUUAAUAAAAUAAACGGUGUUUGUUUUACCCCAUCCGAUGAAAAUUUAUUUAAAACUUUUUCGGUGUAUUGCGCUUUGGCAUUACAUUAUACCAGGCUUCAUCAAAAAAUGUUUAAAACGGUACGUUCAUUUUCCUUAUAAAGAUCUUAUGUUUUAUAUGUAAGUCUUAAUCGAUUUUUGCCAAUACACCGUGUUGCCAAACCGUGAUAAUAAUAUGGGAAUACUAUAUUUGAAUUAAAAUAAUCAUUAGUUUUCUACCAAUUUGUGUUUAAUACGAAGGUUUUUAUAAAUUCGAUAAUAAAAACUCAAAUGGAAAAAAAAAUUUACCCAAAAAUAUGAACAAAUAAACAAUACGGCAACGCGGCAAAUCAUUUACAACUAAAACUAGUGUCAGUUUAAAUAUAUAUAAUUAAAUGGGAAAUUAAUUUUUACAUGUUAUCUAUGUUGAAAAGUGACAUCUGGAUAAGAUUCGUAUUUCGUCGUUAUGUUACAAGUGUCAAUUCGACUUAAAUAAUUUUGAGGGGUUUUCUUGUGCCUUUUCCUGUAUUUUUUGCACAUAAAAAGACUAUUAAGCCCAUAUUAAAGCUUGACGAUUUUUCUGAAUCUUAUCAGUUUAUUUUGAAUAAUUUUAUCAAUUAAACAUUUUUUUGUUGAUGAUCGUAUAAAAAAUUGAUUCAUUUUACUGUAAUUACAAUUAUGUUUAUAACAAAGUUGAUGAUAAAUUUCAGAAAUUAACAAAAACUUGUUUGAAAAUAUGAAUGAGUCUAAUAUUAAAUGAAUUUUUAUAUACUUUUUUCCCUCGUAUACAUUUUUACUGUAGUUUUCUAAACUUCUUUAUCAAUAAACAAUC